CUUACCCCUUUUCUUCUUCUUCUUCUUCUUCGUCUCUUUUUUCCCCCCCUCGAUUUCGAGGGUUUUUUUUUGAAUUUUUUUCCGUCUUUAUUUCCUCGUAAACCUUAAUCCUAUCACCCUCCAUAGGAUCAGUAUCGGAUCGGAGUGGUGCGUGGAAGCCCUAGCGCGAGAAAGGAUGCAGCAGCUGAGGCUCAAGCAGCAGCAGGCUUUGAUGCAGCAAGCCCUCCUCGUCCAGCAGCAGCAGCAGCAGCAGCAGCAGUCCCUCUACCCCCACCCUGGCCUCUUGGCCGCACCUCAGAUAGAGCCAAUCUUAAGUGGGAAUCUGCCUCCUGGAUUUGAUCCAAGCACAUGUCGCAGUGUGUAUGUAGGCAAUGUGCAUCUUCAGGUUACUGAAGCCCUUCUUCAAGAGGUUUUUCAAAGUACUGGUCCCGUCGAAGGGUGCAAGCUCAUUAGGAAAGAAAAGUCAUCAUUUGGUUUCGUUGAUUAUUAUGACCGCCGAUCAGCUGCACUUGCAAUUGUAGCACUUAAUGGGAGGCAUUUGUUUGGCCAACCUAUUAAGGUUAAUUGGGCAUAUGCCAGUGGGCAAAGAGAAGACACAUCAGGGCAAUACAACAUCUUUGUUGGUGAUCUUAGCCCCGAGGUCACAGAUGCCACCUUGUUUGCAUGCUUUUCUGUAUAUCCGAGCUGCUCAGAUGCAAGGGUUAUGUGGGACCAAAAAACUGGGCGUUCAAGGGGAUUUGGUUUUGUUUCUUUCCGAAAUCAACAGGAGGCUCAAAGUGCCAUCAAUGACUUGUCUGGCAAGUGGCUUGGCAGUAGGCAAAUUCGUUGUAAUUGGGCUACGAAGGGAGCUAAUGCUAAUGAAGACAAACAAAAUUUAGAAUCCAAGAAUGCGGAGCUAACAAAUGAAUCUGCAGAUGGCCAAGAGUACACAAAUGAUGAUGGUCCAGAGAAUAACCCACAAUAUACAACUGUCUAUGUGGGUAACCUUGCUCAUGAGGUUACUCAAGUUGAUCUCCACCGCUAUUUCCAUGCCCUUGGUGCUGGAGUCAUUGAGGACGUUCGUAUACAACGUGAUAAAGGGUUUGGUUUCGUGAGAUACAGUAGCCAUUCUGAAGCUGCUUUGGCUAUUCAAAUGGGAAAUGGUCGAAUAUUUUGUGGAAAGCCAAUUAAGUGUUCCUGGGGCAACAAACCGACGGCACCAGGAACGACCUCCACGCCACUGCCUCCACCUUUGGCUGCUCCAUUCCCUGGAUUCUCUGCAACCGACCUCGUUGGUUAUGAUCGUGUAAUGGCAUUGAGCAAGAUGGGUGCCAACCAGGCACUGAUUCAUGCUCAGGGUCAGCAUGCUCUGAAGCCAGCUGCAAUGGGGAUGGGUGCCGGAGCCAGCCAGGCUAUCUACAAUGGCGGGUUCCAAAAUGUUGGUGCAGCACAGCAGCUCAUGUAUUACUAGUGAUCGUAUGCAUCCACAGACCCAUAUGAUCGACCGAGGAUCUUGGAGAUUUCUCUUUUAUUGUUCUUAUAUCUUCUUUUAUACUUGACGUUUUCGUGUGUAUACUUGUAUUACCGGCACUGCACAAUUAUGUAGACCUAUGGAGUGUCUGUAGGGUUUGAUAAGACCACCUGAAUAGCCUCCUAUCCUUUAUAUACAGUUUUCAUCUCUUUGUUUUUAGAACUUUAGGGAAUUCUCAGUGCGUUGCUUUUAGGGUUUGGUAUUAACGUACAGUCCCAGUCUUUGGA